AUGGCACCUAUAAUCACCUUUCGAAGUGGUACGCCGAAGAAACUCCCUGUCGGAGGAUCAAGCAAUUUCUUCGUGGUUUGUCAUGGGGCCGAGACCAUAUGCUGGAGAAUAAAUGAUUCCGUAAUCGACGACGAUAAUCCGAGGAUUCGCAAGCGUUCUCUCAAUGGAGGCGUACACAUGCUCAAAAUCAUAACGAUAGUGCCGGAAGAUGCUGGAAUCAUUCGCUGCUCUGUUCAAGAUGAGCAAGGAGAACAGACUCAUAUCGAGUUCGAGAUGACCGUUUGUGGCCUGGAAGGAGACCAGUGCUGCUCCCUGAUCAGAGGUAUGCCCGGCCAUCUGGAUCUCGUGUUCGGCAGCAAUGCCAUGCUGCGAACUCGUUUCCUUGCGAAUCCGGAGCCCACUAUCACCUGGUUGAACAAUGGUCUCGUGAUAGCGAGCGACGAAAGUCUGGAGAUCAGGAGGCCCCACCACGACACAACAGAACUACACAUGAGAUCUGCGACGAUCACCGGUGAGAUCCUGGUCAUCCUCGAAAACCUUGUGGGGACCGACUUCCGACUCAUAGAAGUCACUGUGAGAGGUCCGAGAGAACCUGUUUGCAUCCGCGAUAUUUCCAGAUAUACCGAACAAUUCAUCGUUGAGGAACAGCUUGGAGCGGGCCGCUUCGGUACCGUUUAUCGGUGCAUCGAUAAAGCGACACAGCUUGAAGCAGCGUCUAAAGUGAUCAAAUACUUGACGAAGAAAGAUGCUGAAGACGCUCGCCGAGAAAUCGACGUUCUCAACCGGGUCAAAAUUCAUCCUAAUCUGAUAAAUAUCCUCGCCGCGUAUCAAGGACCCAAGGAAUUCGUCAUUAUCACCGAUUAUGUAUCCGGCGGGGAAUUGUUCGAUCGAAUCGUCGCCGACGACUUCACGCUCACCGAGAAGGACUGCAUAGACUUCAUGAAACAAAUCUUGGGCGCCUUGAGUUUCAUCCAUUCUAAGGACAUAGUGCAUCUCGACUUGAAGCCGGAGAACAUUCUAUGUACAGACGCUACCGGAACGAAUAUAAAAAUAAUCGAUUUUGGUUUGGCGCAAUUUUAUGACGAAUCCACUCAGCUGCGGGUGGCUCAUGGCACGCCUGAGUUCGUUUCCCCGGAGGUAUUAAACUUCGAAUGCAUAUCGCCGAAGAGUGAUAUGUGGAGCAUAGGAGUGAUCACCUACGUCUUGUUAUCCGGACUUUCGCCUUUUAUGGGGGAUACGGACAUGGAAACUCUCCGAAAUAUAUCCAGCGUGGACUAUGAGUUCGACGAGGAAGCUUUCGAGAAUCGAUCACCUGAAUCUAUAAAGUUCAUCGAGAAACUGCUGGUGAAGGAUCUCGACUCUCGACCAACCUGCGAGGAAUGCUUGGCAGACCCAUGGCUCUCCGAAGAAAACCCUUCGGACGCGAAGAUCAAUCUAGACAAGCUCAGAAGAUUUGUCGCACGCCGCAAGUGGAUAAUUGGAACGAGCGUGAUCGCAGCGCUCACCCGUCUCGGCCUGCUCCAUAGAAAUCCUCAAGUUCCCGCUCCGGACGAAGACACCUGA